AUGCACUUCUUAGAAUGGGUUAGCUCCCUCCCACCGGCUCAGCAGUUCCUCCCGCCCGUAUCUCCAACAGUCUACGUAAUUCUGCUCAGUAUAUUUCAGUACUUCCCUCUUGUAACCCUCAUACAAUGGACUGUUCCCUUCCACCCACAAGGGAAAACUUCCCUCCCUUCCUCCCGCCUUAACUUUCCCGGCCGCUAUGCCUGGCUCUGCAUGGAAAGCGUCGGUGCCAUCAACCUCCUCUACACCCUCUACGCCAUCCCCUCCAGCUUCCCAGACGGCCAGUUACCCAUCUGGCAUAAAGUAGUCGCAUGUCUAUAUGUCCUCCACUAUCUAAACCGGGCGGUCAUAACACCCCUCUUCCUCGCCCCAAGCAUGUCGCCAAUCCACCUGAUCAUAAUCCUUUCAGCAUUGGGAUUCAACUAUCUCAACUCAAGCUGUCUAGCAGGCUGGUUGUUAGGUUAUGGGACACCCAUGCUUGGUUCCACGGCGCUGCAGUCACAUCAUCCAUCAAAGUUCUCCACGUCAUAUUUCCCAGUGGAAUAUUUACCCUACAUCGGACUCUGCCUAUUUUUCAUAGGCAUGUACGGCAACAUAAGAGCAGAGGGAGUCCUCUUCCGCCUACGAAGGGAAGAAGUCGACAAACGGGAUGAUAGUUCUAACAACCUCAAAAACAAGUACGACAAAGUCUACAUCCUUCCCCCUCCAACCGGCUGGUUCCGCACAAUACUAUUUCCACACUACACCUUGGAAUGGAUCGAAUGGUUUGGAUUCCUCCUGAUCGGAUUCUCCAUAACGCCCUCCCCAGCUCCAACUUCUGCUACCACUCCCAGCCUAGCUCUCGCUCCGUAUUACGCUCCCCUAGCUACCCUCCUGCUAAACAAGUGGGGUCUGUCUUUCCCACUACCUGCAAUCGCGCUUUUUGUAAAUUCUGUGUUAACCACAGCGGCGCGUGCAAGCUGGGGGCGGAAUUGGUAUGUGGAGCGAUUUGGGGAGGAGAGGGUAGGCAGGCGUGGCGCGUUUGUGCCGUAUGUAAAGUGGUUGUGA